AUGCCGAAGCGCAAGCUCUCUGAGCUCAACGGCUCCGACGAUCGCAAACUGUCAAUGAAGGCAGUGCGCCUCGGGGUUAAAUUCGAUCACGGCGUACAAAUCAUAUCCAAGGGCCUGAAGACAGCACGAGGGUUCGAGAGACAAAAGCUCAGCCGACGAGAGAAGACUGUCAAGUCGCAGGACAACCCGACGGCAUUGUCGAAGCUGGCUGAGGAAGUGAAUGCUUUGAAGGCCCUGGACUACAACGUUACCGCCGCAAAAUACCUUUUCAAGCAACUGUCCAAGACGAAGCGCAUCGCAGAGUCCCCGGCGUUCAAGGAAUUUAAAGAAUCUAGGAAUGUCCCUACGGAGGGGCCCAAGAGCACCGCCGAGGCCAAUAUCCUGGCGCGAUUGUUCAAAUCUACCCCAGUGAAGAAUGUGGUGCCUAAUAUUCUGGUUGAAAUUCGGAAAUUGUUGGGAGUAGACGAGACACCGACUGGAAAGCAGGGCAAGGCCGAGGCCAAGAAGGGUGCGGGGUCGGAGGAGAAACCAACACGGCGAAAGGCUGAGGAAUCAGAGUCUGUAUCUGGAUCCGAGGAUGAGCAACCCAAACGACCUUCAACUACUCGGGAUAGCGAGCGGGACUCGCGCCCGGAGGAUGAUAUGGACGUUUCUGGGGACGAAGGAUCAGGAAGCGACGACUUCGCAGAGUUUGACGCGCGGCUAGCACCAGGCUCCGACUCGGAAGGUGAAGAAGAUUCCGACGCGGACGUACCCGCGAGGAGCAGAGCUCUUGCAGAUGACAUCUCCGACUCGGUCUCCCGCUCGCCAUCUCCCGUCUAUUCAGCCGCGGACUCCCCGCCUCCUAAGAAGACCAAAGCAAGCAAGGGCUCCGAUGCCCCGGCACAGAGCACGACUUUCCUUCCAUCUCUAAUGAUGGGCGGCUACUGGUCCGGCUCUGAGGAGGCCAGUGAAGGGGAGGAGGCUGCUGCGCCGAAACGCAAGAACCGCAUGGGUCAGCAAGCCCGCCGCGCACUCUGGGAGAAGAAGUAUGGAGCAGGCGCAAACCAUGUACAGAAGGAGAUGAAGCAACAAAAGCGGAGCAGAGACAGCGGGUGGGAUACUCGGAAGGGAGCGACAGAUGGUGGUAGAGGAGGUAGACACGGCGAACGAGGAGGCUUUGGAGAUCGAGGCCUUCAAGAUCGACCUCAUAACAUCCACAAUAACCAUGGAGGCCAUCAAUCAGGCUCGGGACCCGGCCAGGGAGGCAGGCCCAAGGGCCCCCCGAAGGACGAGGGUCCAUUGCAUCCGUCGUGGGAGGCGAAGCGGAAGCUCAAGGAGCAAGCUGCUACGGCGACCUUCCAGGGAAAGAAGGUUACUUUCGAUUAG